AUGAGACUACUAACUGUACAGGCUGGAGGAUACCACAACUUGGGUUUCCAUGAGACUGAUACGUACAAUGCGCUAAAUUGGCAGAGGCAGGUAGCAGUUGGUGAUGGGGACAACAAUUCGACAAUUGCAUUCUUGUCAGGCAAGCAACGAGGCGAUCCGAAUUUAUUUUUCAAAUAUUCUGUAGAUGGCCAUGGCCGUCUGAAUCGCCUGCUUUGGGCUGAUUCAGUGUGUAGAGAUGACUACAGAUGUUUUGGUGAUGUGCUAGUGUUCGACAGCACGUAUAAUACGAACCAGUACAGAUUUCCAUUAGUUGUGUUGUGUGGGGUUAACAAUCACUACUCCACAUGUAUCUUUGCGUGUGCUUUUAUCGUUCGUGAAGGAGAUGAGGGAUACGAUUGGGUUAUAAGUACAUUCUUAGAAGCAAUACAUGGAAGACAACCGAUAGCAGUUGUGACAGAUAGGGACAAGUCAAUGCGAAAGUGCAUUAAAAAAUUAAUGCCCACAGCUAAGCAUAGACUUUGCAGCUUCCAUUUAGAAAUGAAUGCAGCCACAAAUGUAAAGGACAAAGAGUUCCUGCAGGCAUUCAAGACCUGCAUGUUUAUGAAUUGUACAGCAAUAAAUUUUGAAACGAGGUGGGCAGGGGUUGUGAGACGUUUUGGGUUUGAAAAUAACGAAUGA